GGAUUUAAGCUGCUUUUUUCUUGUUUCGAUCUGCAAUAUAUCAAAAAUUCCAAGAUGACAAGGAUUUGAACACCCACUAGGGUUUGAAUUUAAUAUAUCAAGUUGGUAUGAUGGGUGCUGAAACUGUGAGCGAAUCGCGGCUUAGAAAUUUCUGGAGAAGUACAGGGAAGAGCUCAGGAUCAGAGCCUGAGAAAACCAUCAUCGGUAUCCUGGCAUUCGAAGUGACAGGUAUCAUGUCUAAGACGAUUAACAUGUGGCGUCUGGUAGGUGACAGAGAGAUUCAGAGAUUAAGAGAAGAAAUUACAACGUCACGUGGUAUUCAAAGACUCAUCUCGGCAGAUGGUGAUUAUCUCAUGGAUCUUGUUAUGGCUGAGGUAAUUAGCAAUGCCGGGUGCGUUGCAAAAUCAAUUGUUAGGCUUGGAAAGAGGUGUAUAGACCCUGGGUAUCAUAAUCUUCAAAUGAUUUUUGACGAUCCAGUCGAGAUGGGUCUUAAAGGGAGCGGCUGGGAAUAUAGGGUGAAUAAGAUGGAGAGGAAGGUUAAGAAAAUGGAAAGGUUUGUUGCAGCUGCGAUGCAGCUCACUCAAGAGCUUGAAGUGCUUGCAGAGCUUGAGCAAACUUUGAGGCGGAUACAGGCUGGUGGCGGCUCUAAUUCCAAAUUUAUCGAGUUUCAGCACAAGGUUAAUUGGCAGCGCCAGGAAGUUAAGAAUCUUCAAGAAAUGUCGCCUUGGGUUAGAUCACAUGACUAUGUUGUCCGGCUUUUACUUCGAUCUAUUUUCACAAUAAUCGCGAGGAUCAAGUCUGUUUUUGGAACAAAUCAGACAGGAGAUAAUGACGAAAGCAAUCUCUCUGGGGAUUUGGGAACCAACUCUCUAGCUCGCAGCUGCUCUGUCUCUGGUUCUUUUUAUUCCUCUAAGAGUAACAUGUCCAGGUUUUAUUCAGGACCUAUAGUUAGACCCCUAGGGCGGUCAUUUUCAAGUUUAGGGCAUAGUAACAGUAAAAAGAGGAUGUUACUUAUUCGACAGUCAUCUGUUCUCUGCGGAAAACCAUCACUAAUGAAAUCAAGACGGCUAGCUCCUAUUGUGUCUUUUGGUGGGUGCAUUAAGGCUGGUAAGGAGUCACCUGUUAUCGAAAGCUGCGUGCCAAAAAAUGAUCAUGUUUUGAGGUGUAAUGACCGUCGCCAAAGAUAUAGAGGUGGAUCAAAAGACACUAACACAGUUGUUAGGGGCUUAACUUCAGCAAAAGAAUCUUUUUUCAACAUGAAACAUAAGAUGUUAACUGUACCCCCAUCAAGUCUUGGUUAUGCUGCAUUGGCUCUCCACUACGCAAAUAUUAUCAUACUCAUUGAGAAGUUGGCUACUUCGCCUCACUUGAUCAGUUCUGAUGCUCGAGAUGACCUGUAUGGUAUGUUACCAACUAGUGUAAGAAACUUACUCAAGGCAAACUUGAAGCUAUUCAAAAAGACGCUGGCUUCAUCUGUCUAUAACCCUUCACUAGCAGCAGAAUGGGCUUCGGUGCUGGGAAGAAUAAUCGAGUGGUUAUCUCCGCUUGCUCAUGGCACGGUAAGAUGGCAUUCCGAAAGAAACUUUGAGAAGCAGCCAAUGAUUUCCGGGGGCAAUGUGCUUCUUGUUCAGACCCUCUACUUUGCAAACCAAGCUAAGACUGAAGCAGCAAUGGUUGAGCUUCUCAUGGGUCUGAAUUACCUUUCGCGAUUUGGUGAAGAAAUAUAUUGCAGAAACACCAUGGAGUCUUCUCCUAGCAGGGCGUGUGAUGAUUAUUUUCUCAACCACGGCAUUCCUCAAUAUAGGCCCAUAAGAGACUGUGCCUUAUAAGUGACUAAUCUUUAACUGCUUGGCUUGUUUACCUGAUUGAGCGCAAUGCAUAGCUUUUGAUGCUCUACAUUAUGGGGAUGAACAUGCAUACUCUUAAUACUUAUAACAUAUAUGAGCAGCAGAGCACCUGCCCCUAUGACAGAUAACACCAUUAAGUUCUUCACAUCCAAUUGCUUUUGUAUAUCUAUCUUUUGAAAGCUGUACUAAUAUUAUCUACUUUGUCAAAUGGGAAAUUAUAAAACUACUGAACCAAGUUUGUCUAAGACCCCAUAAAGGGCUUACCCGUUU